UUGAUAUCUGUCAAUAUUGUCAAGACCUCACCAUUCCUGUGUAUCAAUUUUGCGUUAGUGGCGAGCAUGAAGUCCUGAAAACUGCCUUCUAUGAUACCCUUGGAAUUGAACAUGAUAUUUGCAAUUUGUGUCGCUCCCAAUUUAUAACUCCUAUGGAUACUGACCCGUCGUUCCACCCAGUAAGUAGCGCUGCGAGCAACGAAGCUCGGCGUCCACGCAUUACCAACCGCCGUGUUUCACAAACUUCUCCUGACUAUGACCUCCAUCAACCCGAUCCUCCUGCUCUACAACAGCAGAGGAUAGAGCAGUGCUGUGUUUGUGACGAGAAAUGGUUUAAUAUGCGCCUUGCACCUGAUAGUAUCUGUACUCCUUGUUUCCGUGCUGAUAAAGACCAGACCGUUCCGCUAUAUGGCAUUGAAAACAACAUGCAUCCCGGAGAUAUGCCAGACCUACCAGAAUUGCCACAAACCGAGGAAAUGCUUAUCACCAGAGUCCACGUAUUUGUUGAAGUUUGGCGUGUUCGUGGCCAGCAGUAUAAAUAUAGCGGACACGUCGUUAAUUUCCUCAGAGAUACAGCACGCGUGUACAACACGCUUCCACUUCUCCCCCGGAAUUUGGAAAUAAUUCUGUUGCGGCCUGCCAAUGCCUCUACCGAUCCACGUCUACAAAGGCAAUUUAUUCAUGACUUUCGUGUUCGUCGAGAGCACAUAAUCAAGUGGUUGGCUUUCCUGCGGUCGAACCAUCCUCGCUAUCGUAAUAUUGAAAUAUUUCAGGCAACUAUUGAUCUUUUACCCCUAGACGAUGACGUUGCAGAUCAGGUGAUAAACGAGUCGCUUGAUCCAAUUGAGACCAAUCCUGAUACGACUCACAUGGAGGAUGUCGAACCUCCUGAGCUCAGUGCACCUGAAGACACCCGUCAUCCAUACAUGGAAUACCCCCCAUUCCGGUCAACGCCUAUCGCUGAAUUUACACGCAGUCAACCAUUGCUUUCUUGGGCUUUCCCGACUCUAUUCCCUUGUGGCCAAGGCGAAUUCAUUCAUCCACGACAGCGAACGGUAAACUUCAGUGACUAUGCAAAGCAUUUGAUGAAAUUUCAUGACGGACGUUUUGCACGUCAUCCGCGUUUCCGCUACGUUGUAUUUAUCACUAUGAUGAGACAACAAGCCAAUGCUAAAGCCAGCUUUUUGGUCAAACAGAAGACUAAAGAGGGGCGUGAAAUUACAGCAGGUGAUUUACGUCUUGCUUUUGAAGAUGAUGCACCUGAGGGCGAAGCAUUGCUCAACUCGAUUACUCGCCGGUCUGGAAUGCUUCGAGGCACGCAUCCAUUCUGGACAAAUAGGCAACAGCAGUUAAAAGCGAUGGUUAAAAAAUUCGGUCCUUCACAUAUUUUUCUAACAGUAUCUGCUGCUGAUUUACAUUGGGCCGAUCUCAUGCAGCAUCUUCCAAAAUUUGAACGAUGGAAAGAGGCUAUGAGCCAGGACCGGAUCCAAAUCGCUCGCGACAACUUAAGAGAUAAUCCACAUAUUGUCGCUCAGUGGUUUUGGAUUCGAUAUAACACAUUUCGAAAGGAGGUCUUGGACAAGAGGUUCAAUGUCAUUGAGAACCGGAACCGAUUUGAAUGGCAAGGACAUAGCUCUGUCCAUAACCACGGCCUCUACUGGGUCAAAGAUGCUCCUAAUUCAGAGGUUGAGGAAUUAUCUGAAGAUCUACGCAAAGCCUUUGCUAAUUUCUGGGGGAUCCAUGUAUCUGCAUUAAACCCUCAACCCGGUCAGAUGGUGGCAGAUACCACAGAACGAUCGCCAAUACAGCUGGAGUUCGCAGAUCAAGAAAACACCGUCGGCUUUCUUUCCCGUGUUGCCAAUCGCGUUCAACGACAUAAUUGCAGUCAGAGAUAUUGUCUACGAAAAGAGAAAGGAUCAGACGUUCUAUCCUGCCGCUUCCAUUUCCCACACAGUAUACGGACAGAGCCUAUUGUCGAACGCGCUCCAGGGCACCAAUACUAUCGUUUUUAUCCUAUUCGCAAUGACGUAAUGAUGAAUCCCUGGAAUCCCUGCAUACUUAUGGGAUGGUUAGCUAACAUUGAUAUCACCCCGUGUACCGGUAGCAAGGCUCUCUUGGAUUACAUUGCCAAGUACGCAUCAAAAGCAGAGAAAAAAACGGAAUGA